UUUUAUCCCCCCCUUCCUCCCGCCCUUAGCCUGUUAGAUGUCACAGAAUAUGGCGGCGGCUGAGUGGUGAAGCUUCCUAGGGAACUGCGGCGGUGUCUGUGCGGCACAGGCCUGAGAGUUAUGAGCUCGGCGGGGAUUAUGUCGACAGAGGAGUCCGGGAGAAACCUGUGGGGGACGGUGGGUGACAGCGGCGGGCGGAAGUAAGAAGCGUCGGUGCGCGUAGCCCAGACCCACCUCCCUUUUUCCAUUAAUACUGCGUCCCCCCUUAGCAGCCGGGGGAGGACCGGGAUACAGUCGCACUGCGACCUCUAUUCACCUGCCUCCAACUGCCGGAACAUGAAGGGACUCGGCCUGACCCUGCACGGCUUCGGACUUUUGCUCAUCCUGACGCUGGGUCGGGUCCAAGCAGCUCCACUUCCUGAAACAGGUGCAGGAGACCUUCCCACGGAUGGAGUUCCAUUGUUUUCUGUGCUUCUGUCAGUAUGCAGUUUCAUUGCGUUGGUUCUCCUCCUGAUCGGCUGUAUAUCCUGCUGCAAAGAGACAGAAAUAGACUUCAAGGAAUUUGAGGAUCAUUUUGAUGAAGAACUUGAUUUUACACCUCCUGCAGAAGAUACCCCUUCAAAUCAGUCUCCUGCUGAUGUUUUUACUUUAACCGUCCCGACCGUCUCUCUCUCUGUUCCGUCACAGCUAAAGUCAGCUCAAGAUUUAUCAAAGUACCAAAUACCUCGUCACAGUCUGAGCUACAUCCAGGAGAUUGGAAAUGGCUCGUUUGGGAAGGUGCUGCUUGGAGAGAUCUACAGAGAAAACAGUGUAUCAAGAGUUAUUGUGAAGGAAUUAAAGGCAAGUGCUAACCCCAAAGAGCAAGAACACUUUAUAAACCAUGGAGAGCCAUACAGUUUUCUUCAUCAUCCGAAUAUUGUGCAGUGUGUUGGGCACUGCAUUGAAACCAUGCCGUAUCUCUUGGUGUUCGAGUUGUGUGACUUGGGUGACCUGAAAACUUACUUGAACAAUCAGAGAGAGAAACUGAAAGGGGAUGCAGAAAUUGUGCUGCUUCAGCGCAUGGCUUGUCAGAUAGCAGCGGGACUUGCCAUAAUGCAUAAACACAAUUUUGUGCAUAGUGAUCUGGCACUCCGGAAUUGCUUUGUUACAUCUGAUUUAACUGUAAAAAUAGGAGACUAUGGCAUAGGAUUCACUAGGUACAAGGAGGACUACAUGGAGAACACUGAUGAAAAGUUUAUUCCUGUUAGAUGGACUGCUCCAGAGUUAGUGACAAGCUAUCAGGAUCAAUUAUUAGUGGCAGAGCAGACAAAGUCCAGUAAUAUUUGGUCACUAGGGGUAACUCUUUGGGAACUCUUUGAAAAUGCCGCCACUCCCUACGGAGACCUAUCAGACAGUGAAGUCUUGCUUCAAGUCAUAAAACAGAGAGAAGUUAAACUUCCCAAUCCACAACUUGAACAACCAUAUGCAGACAGAUGGUAUGAAACUUUGCAGUUCUGUUGGCUACCUCCAGACAAAAGACUCACUGCUGAAGAAGUCCAUAGACUACUUGCAUACCUCCGCAUGCAGAGCCAAAAGGAGACCGAAGAUGACUUUGAACAACGUUGGGAUUCCCUUAAACCAAACACUAGUAAUCGGCAACCAUCUACAAAUAACCUGUCUUUUCCGAUCUUGGAACAUUUCAGCAGAGAUGAACUAAGUCAGGAAUUGGAUGAAGUUCUUACUGUUACUGAAACAAGCCAGGGACUUAGCUUUGAAUAUGUAUGGGAGGCAGCCAAAGAAGACCACUUCGAAGAGCAGGGUCACUCAGAUUCUGAUGCUACGGUCAAUUACAAUAGUUUAUUCUUCCCUGUGCCUGUAGAUGCUUUACAAAAGCCAGGGGUUGAUUCAGAACAAGACAAGUCGGAACACAGUGACCGUGAGAACACCCUUGGUGCUUCGGAAGUUGUCCCAGUAUUUGAUUUGCACAAUGUUUCAGUUGCUAACGAAUAUUAUAUUCAACUGGAGGAGCAAGGAGAAAGUAGAUUAGACUUUGAUAAGAAUCAAGAAUCUGAAAGUGCAAAUUUGCAGUUUAUUGCACUUCGUGAUCUUAAAUCAUCUGGAACAAACAAAAAUUCAGAUUUUCUUCCAUUUGAAGCUGAACAUGGCCUUCUGCCAGAAUAUCUGCAUGUUGCAAGUGACAGUUUUCCAUUCCAGAACUCAAUCAAGAAUGUCGAUUGGUCUGUUAGUAAUAUGGUCAGUGAGCUUCCACGACAAAAUGGGCUUAACGCUGCAUUUAAUCCCUCCCACACAAGUUUGCAUCCAUUUUCUGAAAGCUUUAAAUAUUCUGGAAAUGAGGCCACUGUUUGGGGAAGUAUUCUAGAGACUGACCCAGUUGUAUUAAAUGUGGAGGAGCUGUCUGACAACUUUCUGUUUCUGAGAGAAAACAAUUUAUUAUCGGACUCUCUGUUUAAGACAGACAAAACGUAUGAGCCUCACACCGAGUUUUCAAAUAAAGUCAAUUCACAAAAGCUAUUUGAACCCUCCCACCAAAAUAGUUGGGAUGUGGAACUCCAGCUUUCAGAGUUAAAUUCAUCAGUGCACCCAUCUAAAAAUACUGGUUUGGAUAACUCUUUGCAAACUGGGAAAGAGAGCAGUCUCAAAACAGCAGAGUUGAUCUUGCCCUUGCCUAAUGUAGAAGAUCAGAAAAAUGGUUUUAGUGUAGCAUCAGUAAAAAAUGGGCUCACGGAUAAUGAAUAUACAGUUGAGCGUAUGGAAGGUCAUAAUGUUAACCAUGCAGAUGAAGGCCAACUUCAGAGCCAUGCUGUAGUAGAUGAUAGCAUCGAUCUUUACAGAUCAAGCAGCAGUGAAAAUAUAUUUGGUCUGCCAAGCACAAAAGUAGUUAAUGACGAUGCACCUAUAGGGCAAACAUGUCUCCGCUCUAUAAAAAUGUCUUCACCUCCACACCACGCAGACGGUGUCUGUGCGAAUGACGAGGACAUAAAUCCUUUCAGCGUAAAGUCGGCUGUUCCGUCAGAUUCAGUGAGUCAAGAUAGCCUGUUAGAUGAUAGUUUAUCAAAUUUCACGCAGUCUUUGGUGCCAUCUAUAGGGACACCUGAUUCUUUAGACUCUUUAGAUGUUCAGAAUGUGUUAGAGACUGAAGACAAUCUGAAAUUUGGCCAUUCAGAUAAACCUGCUGAUAGCGGCUACGAAACCGAGAAUGUGGAGUCUCCAGAGUGGACUUCUCACGCUAAUGGCCAAUUGGGCCUUGAUGAGAACGAGAGGCAUAUCGUGUCUGCUCUCACUGCACCUGUUAUAAUUAUAUCAGAGGCUGACCAUACCAUGAAUGAUGACAAUAAUAAAACCCAAGUGUCCACAGACACAAGUCCCAGUUCUUAUAGAGACUCUGCAUAUUUUUCAGACAAUGAUUCUGAUCCUGAAAAGAGACCAGAAACCAAUUCAGAUUUGCCAGUAUUACUCACAUUUUCAACGACUGGGUCGUUUUCGGAAUCCACUAAUAAAGUAAUCGGCGCCGAAUUCGCUGCCAAAAGUGAAGCAAAGGUAGAAAACGUGUUGCAAAAAGAUGAGAAUUUUCUACUGCAGUCAAUAGAAGACAUCGAAACUGACCUGAAUAAACAUGAGGAUUCGGAGGAGAAUGACCAUUAUGAAGAAUGGAAUGAUUUUUCGCCGAGUUCAGAAGACGAUGCCAACCAUUUUUCAGCUGAACCGUCUCGUCUAGAAAAUGAUGAGGAUUUUCUAAACCCCUUUGGAGCUACAGAGGUCUUUUCUUCUGUGAGUAAAUUGAAAGAGAUGCCAAUUGUAAACCUCCCUGAUGCUCAGAAAUUGAAAGAGACUGAUAUGGAAGGGAAAUAUCUUGGAAAACUCGAUGCAUCUGGCUUGCUGGACUUGUCAUCUGAGGAUGGCAUCGAUGCCGACGAAGAAGAUGAAAAUAGUGACGAUUCAGAUGAUGCUAUAAGGGCCUUUAAUCUGAACAGCUUUAGCUCUGAUAGUGACGAUGACACUGUCUAUACGGUUCCUAUUGUCCAUGUAGAAAAUGAUGAUGGGAGGCAUCUAAAAAGCCUAAUAAAAUCAAGCAAACCUGCUACAGACUUGCUCUCUGGACUAGAGAAAAGGAGCAGUAAAGCGGUCAGCUUCUUUGAUGAUGUCACGGUCUAUUUAUUUGAUCAGGAAACUCCAACCAAAGAUCUUGGUUCUCAGGUGGUGGAUACAAAUGGCCAAAUCUUCAGUAGCUGUCCGACUACUCCUCCACCUCCUUCAAGUUACCUAAACAGGUUUACAAACUCUGAAAGUUCUACAGAUGAAGAAGGAGGUGGCUUUGAAUGGGAUGAUGACUUCUCUAAUCCCGAACCCUCAUUUUUAUCUAAACCAGCAACAGGCUUCAGUGGGCAAAAACUUUCCCUAAAUCCCUCUAAGUACUUCUCACCUCCGCCUCCCUCGCGGAGUCCCGAUCAGAACUGGUCACACACAUCAUCGUAUUCACGUUUUUCUAUAUCACCAGCAAACAUUGCCAGUUUCUCUCUUACGCAUCUAACAGAUUCUGAUUUAGAACAAGGAGGCAGCAGUGAGGAUGGUGAGAGAGACUGACUGGCGUGACAGGGAUGAAGUCUGAAGACUGUUUUAAUUUUGGGAGGGCAACCAAAAUGCAUCUAUCUGAAGUAACAUGUAAAGCAUGAAUACUACAAAAGAAAUGAUCCAUACACUUUAUGUUCCUCUGCAACCCGCUUCCUCAUUGACAGAUACAGUUUUCUACUGCCGUGCUGCUAAUUACUUGAAGCACUGUUUGCUGUAAAUAAUCUCAGAACUGUAGAAUUGGUCGAACUACGUAGGUUUUUUUUUUUUUUCCACCCGCCUCAUCUUGGCCGUAAUGAUUCUUUUGUAUAUAUAUCUUCAAAUCAUGUCUGUGCUACUGUAAUGGUAUUUGGGAAUGUGUAUUCCGUGAUGUAUCAAACCCAAAACACUAUGUAUUGCUCCUCAUUGCACUGUGUAAUGUUUCCUGCCUAAUGAUAUGUGUAUAGAGUUUUUUUUUUUAGCCGUUAAUGGAGUAACAACUGCUCGCCAUGAAUUUUAUGAUCUUGUUGAAAUAUUAUCCCCCUUGGCUUGUAUCCUGCAUAAUAAGCUCCUCGUGGGAAUCUGGGUAUCUGCUUUCAGUAUGCUGUUCCAGUUCUUGAUAGAGCUUUUUUUUUUUUACUUUGACGGCAAUGAUAUGAUGGGACGUAGGUUCCACUUUGCACAUCAUGUUGCCUCUUUCUACUCCUGUAGAAGUUGAUGAUAUGUUUACUGUGAACUGGAAUUUGUUACUAGAAGCGCCGAACCCAUCUGCACAAAACCUUGGACUCUAUUAGAAGCAUCAAAUGAAGCAAGGCAACUUUCACCUAGUGCCCUCUGUCAGCUCACCAGAAGGAUAGGAUGCCAAGCUCAUCCAGGUCCAAGUGGAUAGGAUGCCAAGCUCAUCCAGGUCCAAGUGGAUAGGAUGCCAAGCUCAUCCAGGUCCAAGUGGAUAGGAUGCCAAGCUCAUCCAGGUCCAAGUGGAUAGGAUGCCAAGCUCAUCCAGGUCCAAGUGGAUAGGAUGCCAAGCUCAUCCAGGUCCAAGUGGAUAGGAUGCCAAGCUCAUCCAGGUCCAAGUGGAUAGGAUGCCAAGCUCAUCCAGGUCCAAGUGGAUAGGAUGCCAAGCUCAUCCAGGUCCAAGUGGAUAGGAUGCCAAGCUCAGUCAUCCCAUAUUUUUCCACCUUAUGCUUGAACUUGAAUGAGACCUACUUCAUCCAUUGGAGUAGUCUGCUUUCUGCUGCUAUAGGUUUGUUUGUAUACAGGAUUGUACAGUCCCAUUUUAACUGGGUGUUGUGCUUGUCUUCAAUGGUUCAGCCCCCUGCAGGUGCAAUUUCUGCCACUGGCCUCAAGAUCAAUGAUCAGUGUGGUUUUUUUUUUGCACUUCAUGUUGCCUCUUUUCCACUCCUGAAGUUGAUGAUCUGUUUACUGUGAACUGGAAUCAGUUACUAGAAGCGUCGAACCCAUCUGCACAAAAUCUUGGACUCUAUUAGAAGCAUUAAAUGGAGCAAGGCAACUUUCACCUGGUGCCCUCUGUCAGCUCACCAGAAGGAUAGGAUGCCAAGCUCAUCCAGGUCCAAGUGGAUAGGAUGCCAAGCUCAUCCAGGUCCAAGUGGAUAGGAUGCCAAGCUCAUCCAGGUCCAAGUGGAUAGGAUGCCAAGCUCCUUAACUGGGUGUUGUGCUUGUCUUCAAUGGUUCAACCCCCUGCAGGUGCAAUUUCUGCCACUGGCCUAAAGAUCAAUGAUCAGUGUGGUUUUUUUUUUGCUGAUUAGGUAAACACUGAUACAGCAACUGGCUGUUUUUCAUUUCAUUGAGUGUUCUUCCAUCUCCGUGUGAAGAGUCUCCAAGUGAUGUUUCGUGGUAUCAAUCAUGAUCUAUGUAGAAUUGUUUGCAAAUUUUGGCCAGAUUUUUUUUUUACGGUUGGGUUAAGUGUUGCCACAGAAGACCAUUAAAAAAAAAAAAAAAGCAGUUAAUUAAUGGGCAAGGAUUUGUUAGGAAACAUGGCUCCUGUUUGUAGGAUCAUGCUGAAAAUGCAGUGUACCUCCAUUCUAUUUGUUUUUAUUUUUCUUCAUGCUGUUCAUAAUAGUGAAGUGGCUACUUGAGAUAUGAAAUAGGGGGGAGGUGAAUUGCCCUAG